GCUGUGUGAUCGUCGACAAAGCGGGCUACACAGAUGUUUGUCAUUUUUGAAUCAUUAACAAUUUUCUUGGACUAUUUAUCUGUGCGUUUGAGCAGUGCGGCCCCUCUUUAGCUUAGCUUUACUCUAUAUUAUUUAAUGAUACCUUCUGUUGCUUCGCAGCUGAAAAAUUUUCCCAUUUCUCCUUUUUCAGUGUUUUUCCUUUUUGCGUGCUUUUCUUGCGACUCAGUUUUUCUUACCAGUUUUUCUACUACUGCCAACAACAUUGCAGUUGCAACUCUUUUCACUGUUUUUAUUGUUUCACACCUAUAUUGUUUCUACUCUAUUCUUAAGGAUUAGAGUUUGCUGCCUUAUGUGGCGUAGAAAUCCGAACGAUAAUGGCGUUAGCUACCUCCUCUUCUCGUGGCGUCUCCGCAGAGUCAGGAGGUGAAUCAAGAAUCUCUUUGCCGGCGUCUCAACCGGGGUACGGCGGGACCUCCUCGAUCGGUAGCUCAUCUGCAGUAGGGAAAGGGCAGGACGAAGGCGUGCUCAUCAUUCCUAUCAAAACAAUUGUGCAGCGAAUAGCACCGCUGUGUGCCCUGCGCGACGGCGAGUUGCGGGCACUUCUACGGACUUACGACACAGCAAGCGUCGGGGGCCUCACGGAACAGCAGUGGUCCAAAUUUUGCAGUGAAAACCGCAAGGCGUUCCCGACUUUGGGUGAGGAACUUCUGGACUACGACCGCACCGGCGAGUAUAGCGUCUCUGUGGUGAAGCACGGCUUUGACGAUGUCAACCACGUUGACGCCUCGCACUCCUUCACGAAGUCCGCCAUCCGCUUUGUGGAAAGCUUUGCGGCGGGCGGGAUUGCCGGCGCCGUCAGCAAGACUGUCAUCGCCCCUGGUGAUCGCGUCAAGAUCAUUUUCCAGGUGGAGUCCACCCGACGGUUCAGCCUGCGCGCGGCGCUAUACCUCGGCGUCGCCACCGUGCGCGAAUUUGGUGUCACCGGUUUGUGGAUCGGAAACGGUGCCACCAUGCUGCGCGUAGUUCCCUACGCCGCCAUCACGUACGCCUCCUUCGACUUCUACCACAGUCGCCUCCGCACUGCGUUCGCGCUCCAGAACGCGGACGGCUCCCCCGACGAGGGACGCGCGGUGAUACUGCGCUUCAUCAGCGGCUCCCUGGCCGGUGCAACCUCCACCACAUGCACCUACCCCCUAGACCUUAUGCGAGCUCGGUUUGCGGCCCGUAGCAGCUCCGGCAAGCGCCGCUUUCCUAGUUACCGUGCCGCCUUUAAAGAGGCCACGGCGGCGCAAGGUGUGCGUUCGCUCUACGGGGGGCUUUUCCCUACAAUUGUCGGCAUCGUGCCCUACGCAGGUUGCAGCUUUGCAUGCUUCGAAACACUCAAGUACUACAUUGUCAAGUUUUCCAACCUGACAUCAGACAAGGAUAUCCCCACCUAUCAGCGACUUAUCGCUGGCGCGCUGGCCGGCCUGCUGGCACAGUCUGCCACCUACCCCCUCGACAUCGUGCGGCGCCGCAUGCAGGUCACUCCCGGCCGAUACAAGGGCGUGGUGCACGCGCUGCGGACGGUGUAUCUCGAGGAGGGGGUUCGCCAAGGCCUGUACAAGGGUCUUGCCAUGAACUGGAUCAAGGGCCCCAUCGCCACCGCCACAAGCUUCACGGUGAACGAUCUCAUCAAGCGGCGCGCGCGCAACUAUCACGAGAACACCGCCGCGUACUCGCGGCGGCCGAAUUUGGUCACGCCGCCUGAGGCGUUCGUCUGCGGCGGCAUAGCGGCUGGUGUGGCCAAGUUCUGGACCUUGCCGUUUGACCGGCUCAGGAUUCUGUACCAGGUUGGCAUGACUGAGAAGACGACCGCGCGAAAGGGUUUGGAGUUUUUGUACGACGUGAUGAAGCAGAGCCCCAACAUGUGGAGCUCCGGCAGCAUCACAAUGAUGCGCGUGAUACCGUAUGGCGCCCUGACGUACUGCUUCUUUGACAUGUUUCAAAUGGUGGCGGAGCGGCUCAUGUACUCGCACGAGGCGACGCCCUACACGAGCUUCGCCGCUGGUGCGGCCUCGGCGGCGUUCAGCACGGCCAUCGUCUACCCGUUGGAUCUCCUGCGCACCCGGGUGGCCGUGAACGCCGUGCCAAGCUUUCAGUCGUACUUUUGGCUUCUGCGGGCGACGGCGCGGCGGCACGGCAUUCGGUCUCUCUGGAAGGGUUGCUACGUCUCUAUGAUGGGCGUUGGCGUUCUUGCCGGCAUCGGGUUUGCCUCGUACGAGUAUUUGAAAGAUCGAUUCAACUGUCACAACUUCUGGCAGUACCUUGCGGCAGGCGUUACAUCGGGGCUGACUGGUUCCGUGCUCACGUACCCGCUGAGCGUGGUGAAGCGCAACCGUCAGGCAGAGCGUGUUGUGUACUCGCAGUUUGGCUAUCACUCCAUUCAACCGCUCCUCAAAAACGCCUCGGGUGUUGCAUUCUUGUACCGCAAGAUGCCCUUCUCUUUCACGCUGAGCAGCUUGACGUUUGGUCUCUCGUUUGCGGUCAACGACGCGUGCCGCGACAUUGUUGUAGCCGCACGAAGCGACAUGCUUCGGGAGCUCUUCUUUUCGCCGGCAGCACCGUAG